CCGCACCACGCACGCACCCAAGAAGCCCCUGGCCGGGCCCGGGCCAGCAACACACACACACGCACACUUUGUUCUUCCAAACACACACGCGCGCAGACACACUGCAGUCACCACAGUCCAUGCAUCCAUCCAUCCAUCCCUUCAGGCCACAUCAGGCAGCAGGCUGGCGGGCAGGAUGCCCUCGCCCCCCACCCCCCUCUCCCUCAGCCCCUUCAUGCACCCGACAUACAAGCCCACAUGUCCGUGGUGCAAUGCCAGCCUCUGCAGCAGCUGCACCUGCUCCACACUCGCAUACCCCUCGCCCCCCGCACCCAGCCGCCCCAUGCACACGUGCCUCGCCAGAGACGCGAAGCACGAAGGCGUCAUGAGCACCUGCUUACGAUGACUUGGGGUGGUGGUGGUGGGCUGCUGGUGGAACAGGGGAGGCGGCACGUGGGUGUUGCUGCUGCCAAACGACCGUGCUCGGCGGGCAUGUGCGUGUGUGUGGGGGGCGCCUCUCAGGCGGCUGCCGCGGCCGAGCGCACCACCACCACCACUGCUGCUGCCGUCUGAUGUGUGGGGUCUUCGGUAGUGGCUGGAGGGGCGAGUGUGAGGACCGGGGUGAGGGUGAGGGUGAGGGUGAGGAUGGGCCUGGGGGGGCGUGAUGUCUGGUGGAGGUGGGGAGGGGGAGAGGGAGACCAGCCGCUGGAAGUACGACAGGAUCAAGUCCUGAAGCUUGUAGGAACCCACCUGCAUGCAUGUCGUAUGUGUGUGUGGAAGAGACACAACGCACAUCCGGACUCUUUAUUGGUGGGCGGUGGGCUGCUUACAUUGAUGUCUGGGUCACUGAGGACCAUUGCCAGGGGCUCUGGGGGCACGCUCAGCAGAUCAUCCCUCCCAUGAUUGCCGAAACUCUGGGCCAACACCUGUAAGAAGGUAAGCAGUGGCAUUCCCUUCCUCCCCAUUGUGUCUCCUUCCUUCUCCUGUGUGACCUUGCAGCAUUUGUCCAUGAGGCCCCUAUGGUUCAUGGCGACUGCGUGUCUCAGCAGCUCCAGGCAGUCGUCCUCAUUCACAGCCGCAUCCCCACACACGUCUCCAGCACACCGCCGCAGCAGCUCCGCUCGCCCCUUGGACAGCAGAGACCGGUACUCCCUCUCCGCAUCGUCGACCUCAUUAUCAGAUGAUAACGCCUCCUCCUCAUCCUGCUCAUGCUCAUGCUCACAGGGUGGGGAGGCGGGAGGGGACAUGCGCCACGGCUCCUCUUCUCUCACACGUGGCUGGUGCGAUCGGGAUGUGGCUGCUGCUCCUGGCGGCAUGCCCUUCUCCGCAUUCUCGGCGGUACUCGCUGUCGCAGCAGAAGGGGAGUGCUGUUGCUGCUUUGGGAUGCGAAUGGAUGUGGGGCUCUUGGGCGGCUUCCCGGAGGGCGAGAGGGGUGCCCCUCGAGCAGACGCCGGACACGGCGGCCGGGGCGAGGUCAGGGGCUCUUCCUUGACCCCGGUCGGUCUCUCCUCCUGUGUGUGUGUCUGUCUCGGCGUUCUUGGCGUUCUCGGCACGGCCCUUUCAUCACUAUAAUGUUGGAAGAAGGUCGUCACCCUGGGCGAAGGCGCCUGAGAGCUACAGGGCGACCCCUCGUUGCUGCACUCCCCCCUGGCCUGGGCCUGAGCAGCCCGGAGAGGGCUCCUGCAUGCGAGGGGUGUGAGGGGGCGGCCGAUGCUGACGCUCUUGGUGAUGAAGAAGGAGGACACCUCAAACCCUGCCUCUGUGCGGCCGGUGGGCAGGGGGGAGUCGAUGCAGUCGUCACCGCUGCUGCAGUCGGGCAGCCGAAAGCCUGUGGGUGGGGCGGGGAACUCAUCCAAAGGGCUGGUCGGCCGGCCCAUGCCGCGGGAUGUGCGGUUGCCCUCGCCUUCCUCCAUGCAUGGCGGCUCGAUGUCCAUCGAAUUGUCCUCUUGCUCGUCGAUCGAGGGCGGAUUUUUCUCGUUACUAUUCGCCGUCGUGUGUGUGUCUCCUCCCCAGUUGUUGUUCCACCUGUGUCUCCGGCCACUGCCGGCUGGAGCUGUCGGCGGCCUGCCCUCACAGCUGCCCUCUGACGGCUGCUUCCCCUGCUGCUCGCCGCGAGGAGAGGCCCUCAGUAUGCGGCCUCCUCUGGUGGGCGGUCUUGAUGGCGGUCUUCUGGAAGGGGGAGUGCCCCCUAAAGCGACAGAGGGGCACCUCGGGGGCAGUCCGCAUGUCUCUCUGUCCCUGCCCACCAGCCGCCCCGUUCUCAUCCCGCCGGGCGUCGACAGCAGCCGGGCGUUCUGAAUCUCCUGCACCAGACGCACCGGCACCGACGGCAGGGAUGCACGGAGGAGGCGAGAGAACAGCCCGCCUUUCUCUCGGUCGCCACCUCCGUGGGCAGAUGACGGCCUCGAUGGCCCUUUCUCCUGACUCCUCAGGCAGGGAUGCGCCAUGACCCGCUGCAGGAGCUCAUCCGGCACCCCGGAAAGAAUGACUUGUGAUGGGGGAGACAGUGUCGAAGCGACGCCUCGCGCAGUCCACAGCAGCAGGUCGUUGAGAGAGCGUUCCAGGGAGGUUUUGAAGAGCAGUGUGGCCGCCUUUGCUGACCAGGGAAAUGGGGUGAUGCUGUUGACGAGGGAGAGGGCGAGUGUCUCGCUGACAGCAGGCUGGUGUGCGAUGUAGUGUGCGAGUGCCUCAGAAAGAGUGAAGGGCGGGAAGGGGUGGCGGCACUUGUCGCUGUGCAGGAUGGCGUUCAGGUGCAGCGGCUCCAUGGCAAGGAUAUGCCGAUACGCGUCGUCGGCAGCCUCGUCUGACAGAGAUGACACCGGCGACGGGCUGCCGUCUCGAGAGCUCUUGUCCGUCGUCUUGGGUGUGCUCUCGGCAGAAGCUUUCCUAUCCUCCCUUGGCAGGAUCUCAGGCAGGUUCGCCGCCAGGUGCUCGAGAGUAGCCCGCUCCACAUGCCCCAGUCCGCCUUGCACGCCGAUCUCCCUCAGAGUGCCGAGUAGCUCCAGAGCCCCGGGCGCCCCGUGUUUGGUGAUGUGUGCGUGUAGGAAGCCAAUAACGACAUGGAAGAACCGCCAGAGCCCGAGGACAUCGGCCACCUGGAAGAGCGUGACGAGCUCCUCCAGUUCGCUGUCAGCCAUGGUCCUCCGCCAUCGGUCGUCCUUGUAGUAGAAGAAAUCCAACACGGCCUCGAACAGCCGCGGGGUGCAUCUGGGGGGCAGCAGGCAGCUGAGGUCGGUGGCCCUCUUGCCGCAGCGCUGGUCAAACUCAGAGUCGAAGACGCCCUUGAAGAACAGAGACGCCCGCUCCCCUCCCGCCAGGAACACACGAUGCACCGCAUAGCUGCGGCCGCCGAAGCAUAUCUGCAGGAAGACACAUAGCCAUGCUUGCAAUGGUGUGUGAGAUGCAUGCGAGAAGAGGCAGCUUGCCUGAUGGUCUGCAAAGGGGCACUCGCCUUCCCACGAGGGCCCUCCGUCGCGCAGUUCCUUGGCCCCUUCGAAGCCCAGUUUUCCGACUUCGGACAAAGUGAACGCGAAGGUGUCGGAUGCGAUGGAGGGGCUGUAGGCCACUGCCGCCAUUAUCUUUUUCCAGCUCCC